AUGAAGAAUAAUCGACCGCCAGUCAGUUAUAAUCGACCGCCAGUCAGUUAUAAUCGACCGCCAGUCAGUUUUGAUCGACCGCCAGUCAGUUAUGAUCGACCGUCAGUCAGUUAUGAUCGACCGCCAGUCAGUUAUAAUCGACCGCCAGUCAGUUAUAAUCGACCUUAUAAUCGACCGCCAGUCAGUUAUAAUCGAUCGCCAGUCAGUUAUGAUCGACCGCCAGUCAGUUAUGAUCGACCGCCAGUCAGUUAUGAUCGACCGCCAGUCAGUUAUAAUCGACCGCCAGUCAGUUAUGAACGACCGCCAGCCAGUUAUGAUCGACCGCCAGUCAGUUUUAAUCGACCGCCAGUCAGUUUUAAUCGACCGCCAGUCAGUUUUAAUCGACCGCCAGUCAAUUUUAAUCGACCGCCAGUCAGUUAUAAUCGACAGCCAGUCAGUUAUAAUCGACCGCCAGUCAGUUAUAAUCGACCGCCAGUCAGUUUUAAUCGACCGCCAGACAGUUAA